GGAAAACCGCGUCCUCCCCAAGCUGUAAAAAACAUUUCGGAAGGCAAAGAAGAAGCUUCUACCAAGAACUCGCUCCAAAACCCUAAAUUCUCCUGUUCCGCCUCCUUCGCUUCUGCUGCAGAGACAGAGGCAGCUUCUAUCAAAUGGGGUAAGCUACUGUUUAGAUAGACCUGAACUUAGCCUCGGUGAAGAAUUCUCUGAUAGUUAAAACCAUUGAUCAGACAAUAGAGGACUGUACUGUUAUGCAUACCUGAUUUUGCAAAUUGGCAGUUAAAACUGUUGCCCCAUCUAUUUCCCUCUAAUGAAGCUUCAGUUUUACAUACUAACAACACCAUGAAGUUCCGUGCACUUCUGAGAUCGAUUCGUUCUUCUUCGGUUACUUUCUCUUCAAAACCCACCAAAUCUCUUCCACAAUGUCGUCUAUUCCACCACGACUUUGUCCCCAGAGACCCUAAAGCCAAGCCCAAGAGGUACAAAUACCCCCCGGUCUAUGACCCAUAUGGCCCCAGACCCCCUCCUUCUGAUAAGGUUACUCAGCUUGCUGAACGCAUUGCUGCCCUCUCUCCCGAAGAGCUCAAACAGAUUGGCCCCACUCUUCGGGAACGUCUGAAGCAUCCGAAGAUGCAGCCAAUUUCAGUGGAUGGCUUAGACUUUGGUUCUCAAGGAGGGGGCCCUGCUGGUUCGGCCAAGGCCGAGGAGAAGAAGGCGGAGAAGACAGCAUUUGAUGUGAAAUUGGAGAAGUUUGAUGCAGCAGCGAAGAUUAAGGUGAUCAAGGAGGUUAGGACCUUCACCAAUCUAGGAUUGAAGGAGGCAAAGGAUCUGGUCGAGAAGGCGCCCGUCUUGCUGAAACAAGGGGUCACAAAAGAGGAGGCCAACGACAUUAUAGAGAAGAUAAAAGGUGCUGGCGGUGUUGCAGUCAUGGAGUAAAGAGCUUUUUCUUAUGUGGGUUUUUGCCAACCCUGUUGGAACCUCCAAAUGUGAGUUUUCACAGCCAGGUUGUGUUUGGGCUCAUGGACAUUUCAACAAUGGAGAAAAAUUAUUCAUGUUUUGGAAUAUCUACUCUUAAUAGAUAUUCUGAAGAUCACGAAAUGAGGCACCACCGUGUUGGCAGGUAUUGGAAGAAAGCGCUCUUUCCUAACCACAUGGGUAUCAAUUUGGGAUAUUUUCGAAUUUUGCCAAGAGUAGAAAUCAUAGAAAUUCCAAAAUUUGUGAAUUUUUUUUCUGGCAGCUGAGCCAUAGAGCCUUGGAUGACCAACAUUAUCAGGUUAAAGAAAUAAGUUUAGGGCUUUACAAUCA